AUCUCGGACAAACUGGAUGACUGCAACACGGAAGUCAAGAAGCAGUGAGCUCAGUCUCGAGACAGGAGAGCUUGGAAUUCAUUCAUUCAUUUAUUUAUUCUUUUAUUUUUCCAUUUUAUUUAUCUACAAACUCCAGGAACUGAGCUCUAAUCUGGACACUGCAUCGAGUUGAUUUCCAGCGGGACGUAGACGCGUCGCAGCCUCUACAUCCAGGAUAUUUCCAAAGAUGCUUUUCCUGCUGGACUUUUAAAUCUUGUGGAAAUGUCGUCGGAAGUUGAGACGGGGAAGGAUCUGAGCAGCGGCGAGGUGAACCGCGCUUUCAUGGAGUUCAUGGUGUACGUAGCGAGGUGCGUGCUGCUGCUCUACCCGGUGUUCAUAUGCGGCGCGUUCGGCUUCAGCGCCAGCUGGCUGCUGCUCACGGUGCUGCUGUGGGGACUGUGGGACAAGAACCGGCGGCGCAAGGUCCAGCGAGUGGAUACCGCCAUCGACUUCGUGGAGAACGAAUGUCACGUGAUCAAGAAUGAGAUGUUGACCGCGCUCAACUCGCCCACCUGGAUUAAUUUUAAUGAAGUUGAGAAGGCUUCCUGGAUCAACAAGAUUCUACAUCAAGCCUGGCCGUUCUUUGGUGUCUACAUGGACAAACUCCUGAAAGAGAACAUCCAGCCUUCGAUUAGACAAUCCAGCCCUCAUCUCAAGACCUUCACCUUCACCAAGGUCCACUUUGGCCAGAGGGCUCCAACAAUUACCGGGAUACGAGCAUACACACAAGAAGCAGACAUGAGGGAAGUCAUCCUAGACUUCAACAUUGCUUACGUAGGGGAUAUUGACAUCGAUGCAGAUGUAAAGCCACGCAUCUCAGCAGGAGUUAAAGAAAUUCAGCUUCAGGGAAUGCUCCGAGUGAUUCUUAGCCCAUUGAUUGGCCAGUCCCCACUUGUGGGCGGGGUCACGAUGUUUUUCAUCCGUCGACCUGUGGGUAACAUUUUACUUAAUUUACAUAAAUCAUUACUGCAAAAAUUACUGACACGUUUCAUUCAUUUAAAUUUCCAGACCAUGCACUUGAAUUGGACUGGCAUGACCAAUCUUCUGGAUAGUCCAGCUCUACGACAAUUUUCCGAGUCGGCCAUCAUGGACAUCAUCGCUUCCCUAAUGGUCCUACCAAAUCGUAUGUGUUUCCCAUUAAUAGACCAAGUCAAGGUGGAUGAAAUGAGAUUUCCUCUGCCUCGAGGUGUGGUACGAGUCCAUGUGCUAGAGGCUCAGGAUUUGAAAGCUAUGGACACAGUAAUGAUGGGACUAGUAAAGGGCAAGUCUGAUCCUUAUGUAGUCCUCACCGUAGGCAACCAGCGCUUUCAAACCAAGACUAUUAAAGAGACCUUGAACCCCAGAUGGAAUGAGGUGUAUGAGUUUGUGGUUCAUGAAGCUCCAGGCCAAGAGCUUGAAGUAGAGCUCUAUGAUGAGGACACGGACAAGGAUGACUUCAUGGGCAGGUUUAAACUGGAUUUUGGUGAGGUGAGGAAGGAAAGAGUGAUCGAUAAGUGGUUCACCCUGGAGGAGAUUGAAAAAGGAAAAGUACACAUGAAAAUGCAAUGGCUCUCUCUGCAGACUGAUCUGGAGCUACUGAAAGAGGCUAAGGAUGGCUGUGCCUGUGCCAUGCUCGCUAUAUAUUUGGACAGUGCCUCUAACCUUCCUAAAGACCACAAUGAAUUAACCCAGCUAGAGAAACAUGGGAAGCAACCCAAAGAGGCGAGGCUUACAAGGAGGCAACACAACCCAAACUCCUAUGUGAAGUUCUUCAUAGACCAACAAAGCCAGAAAAGCAAGAUCGUGUACGCAUCCAGAGAUCCUGUUUUUGAGCAGUACUUCACAUUCUUUGUGCACAAUGUAGAAAGCCAGGUGCUUAACAUUCAGGUGAAUAUGGCUGAAAAGAAAACCUCCUUGGGCAUGCUCACUCUGCCUCUCAGCCGUCUAAUCAAGGUCUCAGAUCUGACUCUGGACCAGUCUUUCCAGCUGGAACGUUCUGGGACCAACAGCCAGCUCAAGAUGAAAGCCAUCCUCAGGAUCCUGAAACUGGAGAAGCCCAAGCCCAUAGAUAGAAACCCUCCAGUUGCCAAACCUCGAACAGAGAUUCAGAGCAAAGAUCCUCAGCAAUCCCACACCGAGCUUAACUCCUUGAGACCUGAGGAGAAAAGCCAGGCCUCCUCGCUGUCUCAGACGCAGGUGCCCAGCAACUCCUUCAGCGGGGCCCAGUCUGAGUAUAAUGCCCGGAGAGGUUCUCUCAUGGUCUCUGAUAACCGUCUCACAAGCUCCGCUCGAAUGAGGCGCUAUGACUCCCACAGCCUCCUCUCAGAAAACUCUCUCGCUUCUUCACGCAUGGACCUGCUCGACGGUGUCCCUUACCCAGAUGCCAUCCUGAAUCACCAGGGCAGCUUUGGCCAGAUCCAGUUAACUAUCCGUUAUGCCACACUGAGGAACAAGCUCACUGUGAUGGUCAAUAACUGCAGGAACCUGUUCCCCUGUAACACCCACGGCUCGGACACCUACGUGCGCAUUUACCUGCUUCCUGACCAAAAAUGGAAAAAUCGCAUGCGCACAAAAGUGAAGAGGAAAACCGUGGAUCCUGUCUUCGAAGAGAAGUUCGAGUUUUCGGUGCCAUUUGAAGAAGCCAAGACCCGGAAGUUAGAUGUUUCGGUGAAGAACAAUCGCAUGUUCCAUACCAGAGAGCGAAAAGAGAUCGGGAUGGUCUUGAUUGAUCUGGCUCAGUUGGAUCUUGUGAAAGGUUCCACAGAAUGGUACGAGCUCACUAUCCCAGGGCUGAAGAAAGCUGCCUAGAGGAAUAAAGAUCAACCGUAUACAAGACCCUCAGAUCAAAAUCCGUCACCAUUAAAAGUUCUGAAUUUUCUUAAUUUCUACACCUCUGUUUACAACUUCACUGCUGAAUUUCUCUUACCUCUCAGGUAGUGGUGAAUAUGAGAAUGAUGAAAUUUUCUAUUUUUAUUCUAACACUGAAGAACUAUAAAAAAACAACAACUGUAUUUUACAUAUUCUUUUUUUUUUCAUCAAUUGUGAGUGGAUUUUUCACCUGAUAUUGGAAAGCAGUCAUCUUUCUGUCAAUCCUUAUGUUUUUCUUUGCACUCUAUGCUCAAUAUCAUUUUUAACAUCAUACUUGAAGCACUGGUGCUGCUU